AUGGGAACCAUUCUUUAUGCCCUUGUGGCAUCCGCCGAGGGAAUUCCACUGGCAGAAUAUCAUGCUUCUUCAAGUACACAUGGUGAAAAUGCCAAGAAAGUGCUUGCGAGUAUUAAGGGAGCAAUAUUAGAAAGAAAAUGUCUUGGAUACAAUGGUUAUUCCUAUGAUAUUCUUCCUCAUAGAGAUGGGACUGUUUACAUGUCUGUGACGGAGGAUUCUUGUAAUCGUGCCAUCUCCUUCAGAUUUCUUGAUGCUGCACGGCGACGUUGUCAUGCUCACCGUGGUAAUCCCGUUGCACUCGCUUCGGAACUCAAAAAAGAGGUGGAUUUUUUUAAUGAUACCCAACGUACAAAAAUAUGUGAGAUCCGGUCGGAAAUAGCGCAGGUAAAAGAAGAAAUGGUUCGUAAUGUAGACAAAUUAAUGUACCGUAGUGACAGGCUUGACACACUUUUGAUAAAAUCAUCCGCUCUGGAAGACGAGUCCUCGUUAUUUCGCCAAAAUGCGAGGGAACUAAAACGCCAACUUCUUUGCCGUCGUAUUUUGUUAUGCACAGUAGUAGCUGUGAUUGUAAUAGGCUUAAUAUUCGUCCUUGUAUUGUCAAUAUGCUCAAAAGAUGGUGUUAAUUUCCAUCGAUGUAGUGGCGGCUCUUGA